GAUGCAACUUUUCAUUUAAAUAUCUUUGGGGGAAACAAGCUAACAAAUGUCUAUUGCAGUGUACUUUGGUUCGUCUUGGAAAAUGUCAUCGUCUUUAACAGUCCAUGGCACAGGCCCCGGCAUUUACCCCUUGCACCAAAGUUGGACAUCAAGGGAACAGGGGAAUGAAUAUAACGCUGGUUGAUCCGUUGAGAAUCACCGAUGUGUACACAUAGUUCCGCCAUUUCGCAUCUCAGAACAGCCUAAACCACGAUCGGACGCUCACAGCACGGGUACCCCAGUCGGCAUCUUCAGCACUGUGACUUCUUCAACCAUAUUUCAAUCAAUGCAAAGCUUUUCUUAGUUUCUAUGUAUGGUGCACGCAUGCAUACCUAUUCUGCUAAGCCAUUUUCACGCUGGUACAUCCUAUUCAGUGCUGAUAAAUAUGGAACACAGCGCUACCGUAACUGUUCAGGGUUACUGAUAUCACGGCGUUCACCACACAUUUGGCAUUGCUUUAUCCUGAAAGACUCUUUCCAGCAGACAGAUGCUACGUAUUUCCACCAGCUCGCUUCUCAAGUCUGACAAUGCACGUCAAAGUCCGUGUCUGCCGCUCCUAGAGCUAAGCGCUUUAUAUCCUGCGUAGCAUAUUUUGCUGCCUCAGCGUACUCCACACGAACGCACUUCUUUUGUCCCGUGAAAGUUCCCCGCCUUCCUGUGUGAUCGUGCAAAUUCGAGGUUUCCCAAUCAUCCUAAUAAGUAUCGUGGCAUCAUGGUUACCUUGUGACCAGAACAGCGUAGGAAUCUAGUUCCGUUGUGGAGGUACUACUGACUUCCAGAAGACAACAUGUGUAUCCAUGGCCCAUACCUUAUCUAUCGUCGCGAAAACUCGACAGAAAUAAGACGCCCCUACUGAAGCAGUCACACCAGGGCCUCCAUCAACCCCCAAAUGACCGUACCCGAGCGGCAUUGAUACAAGAGCAUACCGAUCUCGUUAUGGUAUCUCUCAAACGGUCAACCAUGGCCAUAAUGUCCUAGUACGCUAUCCUUGCGAGCUUACACAACCCAGAACAAAUAAAACCAGUACUGCGGCAGUGGAGUAACAGUGAGGAUAUAUCAGACAAGUACAAAAAAUCAUGUAAGUACGCUAAACCAUGAUAGACAUAAUACAAAUCGUGCAAAGCGCCCCGUCUUUCUCUGUCUCCUCCAAAGUCGGAAUGCCCUAUAGAUCGUUAGCCCAGACACACCAUGUUUGGAUAGGAGCAUGACUAACAGUGACGAAGUCCAAGUCUUUUAAGGGGUGCUAGAAUGGCAUCCUCAGAUCAAAUGUUCGCAAACAUCCAGUCACCGCAAACACCACGUACCAUCUUUGUCUUCUUGAAUAUCUUAAACCCGAGGAACAAGCCAGCGAAAAUGGCACACUGAUGACAGUGACUUACAAGCGG